CCGUCCUAGCUGGCUCCCAGGGAGUUUUCAUCUUGGUGUUCCACUGUUUCUUCAACGCCACAGUCAUGACGGCCUUCCUUGACUCCCUGCCCGACAAGCUCUCCUUCAAGUUGUCCAAGCUCGUAAGGACUACACGGGACUCCCGCUAUGCCAAGAGAAGCCCAUCCGUGUCUCCGGAUUCAAGCAUCAAGCGGCGUCCGACUCUGGCCAUCGGACUUCACAAGACACAUGAAACACACAGACCAGGGCGAAAAUAUUCAGAAAACCUUAGAUAUAUCACUAGUUCAAUGAAUUACGUAGGAAAGUGUGAGUGCGCUAAAAGAACCAAAGGAACAGUGGAGCAGAAGCAAGAACAUAAAGUGCGCUUCUCUUUCAACCAGACUCCGUCGCUGCAGCAAAGCCAAAGCAAAUCUACGGCGAACUGGAAUCGCAAGCGAGCCAGCAGCGAAGCGUCACGAGGCACCCGCACCUCCGUCCUAGCUGAAGAAUGCAGUCGCCGAUCAUCGAGCACGUCUGACACCUCAGUGGGAAGUUACGAGUCGUACAAUCGGGGCCUUCUUCUCUUACAACUUCAACGGCCGUCACGAUAAAGACGCCAUCUUCACUCUCACUGGUUUAUGUCUUUGGAGUCUUUGUCCACUGUCUGCGAGUCCGAGUCAUAGACAAUUUGAAUCAUUUGGUGCAUCUCCAAAAUCACCACAAUCUGUUGAGGAAAUUCGACGGUCGCUCAAAUCAGUGGGGGAAGGCAAAUUGAAAAGCCAAAUAAAUAAAAGGAAGGAAAUUAAAAAAGGAAAGGAAAAUCACCCGAAUUUAGGGUGAAUUCAAAGAUUUUCCUCCCAACCGAAUCGUUUGAAAUUUGAAUAUCGCCUGAAUCUGACGGAGGAAAUUCGGAAAGGUUUUUGUGUGGUUCACAGCAGUUUUCGUGUUAAAAUGAUCUUUUCUUACAGUAAUUCAUUCGGAUCAUUUGAUUAUUUCUGUGAGGUUCACAAUGUUAUCAGUACACUAUACAUACGGUAUUUCAGUAUAACGUAGUAGAGAGGCAUAACCCUAGGAAAUGCAAAGAUUUCACUGGCAAACAUUUACAGUGGUAAACGCUGUUUUGUACAUUGAGAAAAAAAAUCAAAAUUUCAUGAGAAAUAAAAUUUUCCUAAUUGAA